UAUGUUGGCAUGGUUCUUGCGCUUGGCACACUGCUAAGCCACCGUAACAAAGACAUGGGCAACACUCAGGUUCAGCCUCCAGAGGAAGCCCUCUGCGACCUGGACACACAUCAGGGUUUACCGGUGGUCCAGCUCUAUGUAAUGCCGUCCUUCUUCCUGGCGGUGCUGAUCCUCGGGCUUCCCCUCAACCUGCUCUCCCUCUGGGUUUACUUUCACCGCCUGCGUCGUUGGACCCGCAGCACGGUGUUCCUCUUCAACCUGACCCUGGCUGACACCGCCUGGCUGCUGGCCUUACCUUUCCUCAUCCACUACCAUCUGGAGCGGCUCUACUGGAAGCUGGGGCUGCCGCUCUGCACAGCUGUCAGGAUGCUCUACCACAACUACUUCUACCUCAGCAUCUUCUUCGUCACCUGCGUCAGUGUGGACCGGUACCUGGCCAUCGUGCACCCGCUGCGCUCGCUGGUGCUGCUGGGCCGGAGGAAGACGUGCCUGCUGUGUGCGGCGGUGUGGGCGGCCACUCUGGUCCUCAGCAUACCUGUUGCCAGAAUGACUCAUGUCCAGACUUGCCCUGGGAGCAACCGCACGGUCUGUACCCUGUACGUACUGCUAAGUGAGACCGGGGAGAGCCUCCCCUAUUCCAUCUUCUGCUCCACCGUCGCCUUUCUCCUCCCGCUGCUCUCCAUCUGUUACUGCGGCCUGCGCAGCGUCAGAGAGCUGCGCCGCAGGCCCGGCCCGCACCACAAGCAGCGCCGGCUCCGGCGGGUGCUGAGCGCAGCGCUGGUUCUCUUCGCCUUGUUUUACCUGCCCUACCACCUGAGCCGCAAUGCCGCCGUAGUGAUGCGGGCAGUCUACCCUGACGACCACGCCUCCUGGGGGCCCCCAGACCUGGCCUUCGCCCUGGAGAUGUGCUUCUGCAGCCUCAUCACCUGCGUCAACCCUCUGUUCAGCUGCUUCAUAGGCCGCCAGUUCCGAGAAGAUUUUCACUACACGUUUACUCUCAUGUUUUCCCAGUGUCCAGGCAUGCAGGUGGCCUCUCUCAUAUCCAAGCGGACCCGCAUGACGGUGAAGAAGAGGCAGGGGAUGUCCACUGUUACACCCGUGUGCGCACUGCCUGCGUCUGGAUCCCAAUGAGCUGUGCAAACGUUAAUCACCUGUAGGCUACGUGUCUACUAUGAAACUGUAUAGAUACCCUUUGUAUGUUCUUUGUUUAAUCAGCUGUUUUCUUUGAUUGACAGAAUCAGACGAAUCCACUGUAACAAUGGUUUCCAGUCUCUUAUCUCAUCUCAUGUCAGUUGAGGUUUGGUCUCCUCAACUUCCUUCACAACACUGCCUCUGCGUGGCUGACUGCACACGCUACUUUACACUUGCUGUGAAUAUAAGGCCUUUCUUUAUUUCUUUAAAAAAAAUAUCUGAAUUCACAGCUAAUGAAAUUAAGUGAAAAUAAAUAUUUUUUGAAAAUGUG